AUGGUCGUGCCCGCGAUCGAUGUCAUCAGUCCUCCCCGUCGCCCGUCGUCCGCCCCCAGCGGACCCGGUACCGCGCGGGCGAGCGACACAAGACGACGCACUCCCCUCGCCCACCCCACAGCUCGUGGGGGACGAAGGGAGAGGUGCGUGCCGCUGCUGCUGACACGACGCGGGAAAACGGCAACCGCCAAUCACCCGGUCGCCACCUGCGCUUAUCACUAUGCCCCUAGCGGCCCAUCACGCCUGAUCGAAGCCCUCCCGUCCGUGUUUGCAACGCACCAUAAAUACCCCCCACCCGCGCUUCUCUCGUCCACCGGCUGCGCCACCCACUUUCGUUCCCCACCGUUCUUUCUCCACUCAACGAGGCCGCGCCUUGGUUCACUCCAUCCACUUUUUCUCUCCUCUACGUUUCGCCACCCGCCGAGCGACAUGCGCGUCUCCGUAACAUUCAUCUGCACGAUGCUCUUCGCGCUGCAGGGCCUCGCCGCGCCCGUCGCGUACAUCUCCCCCGAGCUCAGCGACGAGCUCGCCGUCCGCGGCUCCGCCAACGCCGCCGCCGACGUCGCCGCGCGGGCCCCCGUCGCCGCGGCCGGCGUCGCGGCCGGCGAGACCUUCGUCGCGCGCCAGGCCAAGGGCGCCAAGAAGGGCGGCAAGAAAGGCGGCAAGAAGGGCAAGGGCGCCAAAAAGGGCAAGGGCAAAGCCGCGAAGAAGGGCAAGGCCGCCGCCAAGAAGGGCAAGGGCAAGGGCAAGAAGGGCAAGGGCGCCAAGAAGGGCAAAGGCAAAGGCAAGGCCGCCGUAGCCGCGCGCGGUAACAACGGCGCCGCCGCCCCCGCUGCUGAGGAGGCCGGCGCUGGUGCCGCUGCUCAGGGCGCCGCUGCCGCUGAAGGCGCUGCCCCCGCCGCUGGCGCUGCCGAGGGCGCCGUCGCUGCGGCUGGCGCUACCGGUGUCGAGGCCGCCGGCGCCGACGCCGGCGCCGCCGAGGCCGGGAACGGCGUCGCCGCUGCUGCCAAGGGUGCCAAAGGCGGAAAGAAGGGCAAGGGCAAGGGCGGCAAGGGCAAGGGCAAAGGCGGCAAGAAGGGUAAGAGCGGCAAGAAGGGCAAGAAGGGCGGCAAGAAGGGCAAGAAGGGCGGCAAGAAGGGCAAGAAGGGCGGCAAGAAGGGCAAGGGCAAGGGCCGCAAGCAGGCCGGUAAUGCCAAUGCCAAUGCCGGUAACGCCAACGCCAACGCCGGAGCCGCUGACGCCGCGAACGCUGCCGCCGCCGCUGGUGCUGGUGCCGUGAACAACAACAACGCUGCGGGCGCCAACCAGAACCAGAACCAGAACAACAACAACAACAACAACGCUGGUGCUGCCGCUGGUGCCGAGGGUGCUGCUAACAACGCUGCUGGUGCCGGAGCUGCGGGCGCUGAAGGUGCCGCCGCUGGUGCUGAAGGUGCCGCCGCCGGUGCUGAAGGUGCCGCCAACAACGCUGCUGGAGCCGGAGCCGCUGGCGCUGCUGGCGCCGCCGGAGAAGCCGCCAACCCCGCAGCCGCUGGCGCUGAGGGUGCUACCCCACCACCCGCCGCCGCCGCCGCCGAGAACCCCGCCGCCGCCGCCGCGCCCGCCCCUGCUGGCAACGAGCCGCAGCCCGAGACGGAGGGCGAGCUGAUCCAGUAG